AUGACGCUCUCCGUGCUGGCGUCGUUUGACGAUCUGCGACGCUGUAUGCAGGUGCUGACCGAAGGCACAGCCGAGGAGGAAUUCCUCAGUUUUCUGCGCUUGUUUGAACAGUACCACGAGAAAUGCAACGGCUUCGCCACUCAAAAUGCGCGCCUUCAAACGGAACUGGACAAAUCUCUGGCCAAAAUGGGCGACCUGGAGGGCAAACUGUAUCACGCGCGUCGUAUAAUUGACACGGAGAUCAAAGCGCGCAGACAGGCGGAGCACGAGCGCGAUGCCAUGGAAAGUAAGAUAAUGGCUGUAGCUGAUUUGCUGCGCCACGAACGCAAUUUGAACAAUGAGACGCGCGAUAAGCUGGCGUUCCUAAAUUCUAUGCAUCCGGAGUCGACGCGCAAACGUAAAUCCCUAAAUACAUUGCAUGAGGACAAGUCGUAUGGCGACAUAAACUCCACGGGCUCUUUGCUCUCCGAUUUAUCUAUCACGCAUUCCGAGGACGACUUCCUCGAUGUGCGACGCUCCAAGUCAUGGCGCGAACACCGUCCUUCGUUGCCCAAAAAUCCAGUGCCAUGUGUGGGCAACAAGCGUUCCCGUCUGAGCACUGGUCACAACAGCAGCAAUUUGGGCACACCGACAGUUGGCACCGCCACCACGACCUCCACCACAACAACGCGUCGUUCGGGACAUGUGGAUCACCACACACUGGACGUCGGCCAGGGCGCAGAGCGCUUUUGCGCCACCACGAAGGUUACCAUACCGCAGGAUGGUCAGGGUGUCAUACGUGCCGAAUCGACCAUUGAGUCGCUGCCUAUGAUUGUGACUCAGGACCGCAAUGCCGAUGCUCAGUCAACCUCAACGCCGCGACGUCGUUCAGCCGUCAAGGAACCCACGGCGCCGCCACUAACGCCCCUCAAUGCCAUGGCCAUGGGCAUGUCGCCGGCACAGCAGAACCGUCUGAUGAUGCGAAAGCACAGCUUCAGCCAGAAGACCUUCUUGCGCGGCGACAACUGUGUCCAAUGCCAGAAGCGUAUUCGCUUCGGUUCACUUGGAUUGCGCUGUCGCGACUGUCCGGUGCGCUGUCACAUCGACUGUCGUCAUUUGCUCACAGUCAGCUGUGUGCCGCAGUCGGGCACGCCCACCACAAAGACGGAGCUGCAUUACCUCAGCGAUUUUGCACCAGCGACUCCGCCCAUGAUACCCGCACUGAUCGUGCACUGUGUGAAUGAGAUUGAGGCGCGUGGACUGGGUGAGGUUGGCCUCUACCGCAUGUCGUCCUCGGAGCGUGAAUAUAAGGCACUGAAGGAGCAAUUCUUGCGUGGCAAGGUUACGCCGCAUCUGGGCAACACAGACAUCUAUGUGCUCUGCUGCUGCGUAAAGGACUUUUUGCGCACCUUGCGCGAACCGCUAAUACCCACCAGUCAGUGGAAGGACUUUGCCAAUGCUGUACAAAAUCCUGAUAACAAGCUGGCCGAACAGGCGCUCUGUAAGGCGGUGGAGCAACUACCUCCCGCGAAUCGCGACACCAUGGCAUUCCUAAUGCUGCACUUCCAGCGCAUAGCCGAAUGUCCGAUCGUGAUGAUGCCCAUCGAUAAUAUGUCCAAGAUAUUCGGGCCCACUAUUAUGGGCUACUCAUCUCCAAAUCCGGAUCAGCAUGCGCUCUACACAGAGGUCUUUACGCAAACGCAAGUAAUGAAGGCGCUGUUAGAACUACCCGGCACGUUUUGGCAGCAAUAUCUUCCCUUGGAGCCGUCGCCAACAAUGGUUCCCCCGAGCAGCGCCGUCAAGCGCGUACCCAGCAACACCCGAGAUCUUUUCUCGCUAUAUGCUACCCCACUGAAGGGCACCAUGAAGAAAAGAAAAUGCAACGCCACGCCCCCAAUGUCUGCGCAUAAGAAGUAAAAGGACCAGAGCAUCCUCCGUCCGUUAGAUACUACAUCUGAUGCAUCGCUGGCGUGUUUACUUAAUCACAAGUAUUUCAAUUUUUUCCAUUU